UAUAACAAUUCAAUCUCACCAUUUCUAAAGCUAAACAACCUAUAACCUUCUUUCUUUCAAAAAUAUGGCCGAAACAAUUGUCCCUGUUAUUGCCGAGAAAUUGUUUGAUAAGCUAAUAACCCUUGCUUCUGAUGAAGUGUCUUUGACAUUUGGUGUCAAGAAUGAUGUAGAACAGCUUAAAGACACUUUAGAUACUAUCAAGGUUGUUCUCUUUGAUGCUGAAGAGAAACAGAAUCAUGACCCGAAGCUGAGAGUUUGGCUGAAAAAGCUUAAGGAGGUUUGCUAUGAUGCAGAAGAUGUUUUAGAUGAAAUUGAGGUGGAAAAUCUGCAUAACCAAGUGGUGAAUCGUCAGAGCAUUACAAAAAAGGUACGCCACUUUUGUUCAUCAUCAAAUCCAAUUGUUUUCCGUUUUACGUUGGGGCAUAAAAUUAAAGAGGUCAACAAAAGGUUAGCAAAAAUAGCAGCUGAUAAGAAUGAUUUUAAUCUCACUGAAAAAAUCGAUAGCAAUCAUGUUAUAGUUUGGGAUAGGGAAACCCACGCUUUUGUUCGUGAUUCUGAUGUUAUUGGUAGAGAUAAAGAUAAAGAGAUGAUUAUUGAAAGGUUAUUGCAACCAAGUUAUGGUCAUGAAAAUGUUUCUGUUAUUUCUAUUGUUGGGAUAGGAGGUCUGGGAAAAACCACACUUGCGAAAUGGGUGAAUGACGAUAAAAUUGUGAGUGACCAUUUUAAUUUGAGAAUGUGGGUUUGCGUGUCUGAUGAAUUUUCUUUGAAAAGACUUCUAAUUGACAUCAUCAAUUCAGCAACUGAGCAAAAAUGUAUUCACAUGAGUUUAAACCAAUUGCAAGGUAAACUACGUGAUGUUAUAAGUCAUAAAAGAUAUUUGUUAAUUUUGGAUGACGUGUGGAAUGAAGUUCAUGGGUUGUGGUUGGAAUUAAAAUGUUUACUAAAUGAAUGUGUUAGUGGAAGUAAAAUUUUAGUAACCACACGUAGUGAACGUGUUGCCUCAACUAUGGAUACUGUAUCUACACACAAGUUAGAAGGUCUUGCUUUUGAUCAAUGUUUGUCAAUAUUUGUUAAAUGUGCAUUUAAAGAAGGGCAAGAAAAACAACAUCCCAAACUUAUAGAGAUGGGAAAAGAAAUUGUAAAAAAAUGUGGAGGGGUUCCACUGGCAGUAAGAGCAUUAGGAGGUCUUCUCCAUUCCUCAACUUCUGAACAAGAGUGGAUAAAUGUGAGAGAUAAUGAGGUAUGGAAGUCGGAUCAAAAGGAGAAUAGCAUUUUACCUGCUCUAAGAAUAAGUUAUAAUAAGUUAUCACCUCCUUUGAAACAAUGUUUUGUCUAUUGUUUUGUAUUUCCAAAAGACAUCGAAUUUCAUAGUAUUAAAUUGAUUCACUUUUGGAUGGCCCAUGGGCUUCUCCAUGCCCACAAUCAAAAUGAAGAUUUGGAAAAUAUUGGCAUGCAAUAUAUAAACGAAUUAAUGUGGAGAUCUUUCUUUCAAGAUAUUAAAGAGUUGGGUAAUGAUGUGUAUGCUUUUAAAAUACAUGAUUUGAUGCAUGAUGUUGCCACAUCAUUGUUUCAAAAUGAGUGCUUAACAGUGAAAGGGAGUAACCAAAUUGCUUGCAAAACUUCUUAUCGACAUUUAUUUUUUCAUGGUGUUGAUGGUCAAGUAGUUACUCUGAACUCUAUACAUAGCUUGAGUAAUGUGAGAAGCGUUAUGUUUUCAUCAAUGAUUGAAGAACAUAUCACUAUUAGCCAAUCUUUUUUGAAAUUACUUAUCUCGAGAUUACAAUUCUUGCGAAUGUUAGAUUUAUAUGAUCUAAAUAUAGAAGUAGUGCCUAAAGGAAUUGGUAAUCUAGAGCAUUUGAGAUAUUUGGAACUAGCAUUUAAUCCUAUUAAAAAACUCCCAAGUUUCAUUUACAAGCUACAAAAUUUGCAAUAUCUAUCAGUGCGCAAUUGUGUGCAACUAGAAGGGUUACCAAGAGAAGUAAAGUACUUAAUUAGUCUUAGAUGGUUCAUCUUAACAACAAUGCAAAAGCAUCUACCAAGCAAUGGAAUUGGCUGCUUGAAUUCUCUUCGACAUUUGGGGAUUCACCGCUGCAGAAAUUUAGAAUAUUUGUGUGAAGAUAUUGGUCUUCUGAGAGCCCUUCGAAGACUAAUAAUUUCUAAAUGUCGAAGUUUAAUCUCAUUACCGCAUGGUGUAAGAAACUUAAGCUCAUUAGAAGACCUUCGUAUCCUGCAUUGUGAAAGGCUUAAUCUUGAUUUGAGCACAGGAUCAGACAAUCAUGAAGAACUCAAUAGCACAGGGCCUCCCCUUCGAUUCCUUGCAAUUUUUGAUCUACCAAAACUGGUAAAAUUGCCGCAAUGGCUUCUUCAGUGUUCGACAAACACUUUGGGAGAAGUAAUAAUUUCUUCCUGUCCAGAAUUGUCAUCUCUACCAGAGGAUAUGAAUAGUCUCAUCUCUUUGAGAAAACUCAAGAUUGAUUGUUGUCCUAAACUGACGGGAAGAUGCAAACCAGAAACAGGUGAAGAUUGGUCCAAGAUUGCUCAUAUCCCCAAGAUUGAACUUGACGGAGAGAUUAUCAAGUCAACCGAAAAUUAGGGGAAACUUGAAUUAAAUUUGUGAGUUUUCAAUCUCAUAAUUCAGCCUUGACAAGGCUGACAAACAUGGAUGAGUUAUUUUAUAUCUAUAUUCAAGUAAACUCGUCGGAUAAUUUUGCUUCUUGUCCUUGAAUACUGUUACAUACCUGAGCUGCUGGGUGUAAUUUUGUUCUCUCAAAUGCCUUGUCUUCCUGGUUUGUUUAGCUGCCCUGAAAUCAAAUAUGCAUUCAGCAAGAGUAGCCUUCUGGUUUAUUUACACAGAACACAUACAACAGCACUUUCAAUGAAAUGUCUUUAUUGAUUGGAAAGAAUAAACAUAGCAGCCCUCCUCACUGCGUUAUUCUGAAACUAAUUCCAGUGAUAACUUUUCUGACUAGAGUGCCAGAACCCCUAGGCCAUAGCCCCCUAAUAUCCCUUCACUGUGGUUUUCCUUGCCUUUCCUCUCCUCUUCUUCUGCCCUUUAUAGGCUGGCAAUCUCCAUUCAGAUCUGCUGAAACCAGCGAGCUCUGCCAUGGCGGAAUCUCUUAUAGGAUAAAUCAUCAGAUGUUUGAUAGGCAGCAGAAGCGUGCAUUAUUGAAAUCAUCUGAGCCACCAGACAAGAAGCAGUGUGUGCCCUAUAAAAUCUCUGGUGCUUUCUCAUACUUUUGAGAUUGAAGCUGUAAUUGAGCUUUAUUUUUUUUUUUUUGGAUUUACAUAAUCUUUUCCAGACUGAGAAGCAUCUUAAAGAUGUGAUGGUCCAGCUUUAGCUCUUAUUGUUGAAAGACUGAAAGCGUAUUGUGGAUCUCAUGGUGUGUAUAUGGCAAAGUGGUUCAAGUAAUUUUCCCUUCUCCUUGUACACCGUUUAUAUUUUGCAUGCUAAUUGGGUUUCUCUUAGUAUUACUUGAAUCUGCAAAAGUAAUGUCAAUGGGGCCUACAUCUCCAGACAGCUCGAAGGUUGCAAAAUCUACUUCUAAUUGUUUGUUGAAGCAUGGAAGCAGGACUAUAUCUUUUCGGCAUUCCAACUAAGGGUGCAAAGGCAUAUUCAAUUGCGUCUGUUGAAGAUAUAGCUGUCCAAUAACAGGCUUUGUUAAAUGUCAAGGAUUCAAAUAAGGAAGAGAACAGCUGUUGGUAGAUUUAAGUUAGAAGAGCCACGGAUAGAGCAGAUCCAAGAUUUUGAGAAUGAUAUGAUGAGAUUUUUCAGAGAGGAUUUGCACAGAUUUUAAGAAGCAAGUUUAUGGACUCGAGAUGCUGCAGAAGGAUAAUCCUGAUCGCACUGCAUCCUUUGUUGUCCUUAUUAAUCUCUUGCGUCCAUUAGAUCCUUCAAGGUGGCCUUCACCUGUGACUAAUGAGUCGCUUCGAGAAAUCAGAGGUUUUCUGAUCUGCUUGUAAAAUGCCUCAUCAAACUCAAUAAGGUUGUUGCAAGCCUGACAGAAGAACGGGACACUGAAAUAAGAAAAGCUGCUCACAAGAUUUUAGAGGCUUCCUCAUGCUGUCCAGGAGAGUACGCUUGACAGUGUAAUUACUGAGCUUCUACUUUGGCUUUUGGAUGAAAGGGUUCCUCAUAUGGAUGGAUGGCAGCCAACUUUUGAAAGCUCUCAAUGUGUUGGUGCUUAACAUUCUGAAUAAUGCUGAUUGAACUUCAUCCUUUGUUGUCCUUAUUAAUCUCGUGUGCAUUAGAUCCGUCAAGGUGGCCUUCAGCUGCGACUAAUGAGUCCUUUGCUGCCAGAUAUCAGAGGUUUUCUGAUCUGGUUGUAAAAUGCCUCAUCAAACUGACCAAGCUCAGCCAUGCUCCUGUACAAUGCUUCAGGCUAGAUUACAGACCACUUUUCUUCAAUCAACAACAGUACCAAAGCUACAGUCAGUCUGAAUCACAAGAAGGAUGGAAGAUUCAAUAAUGGAAAAAUUUUCAACACAAGAAGAUUCCCAGCAAUUGUAUUUCUGAGUACAGCCAAUACAACUUAAAGGAAGUUCAAUGAUAGACUUGGAUACUAAACACUCAAUUGUAACUGAAACUGGAAACGAUUUGAAAUGUAGUUUGCUGCCUCCAAAGGCCAAGGCCUGCUUCUCUAUUUAUACAAAAUUUUUGGACUCA